UGCAACAACAUAGUGAAACAACAGCUGUGUCUCUCGAUGGGCGUCAAACAUUUUCCGCGCUGGAGAACAGAUCCAUAGCUGAGUGAUUUGUGAAAGCUAAAGAUCAAGUGUUUUACAAGCGAUCAAGCAGAACCAAUAAGAUGUGGCGUGAGUGAAGUCAGCUGGAAAACCGGUCAUGUGAUGCGAUAUGAAAACAACACUUCCAACUCUUUUGUUUAGUGGAUUCAAAUUCAAACAAGCGAGCGAAAUGAGAACCCAGCGACGUUCGUGAAAUAAAUCGUUUUUAAUUCUCUGUCAUCAAAAUUCUAGACAUCAUGGACGGCUUAUAUCUUAAAAUAACUCAAGAUUUUACCCCCGAUGCUAAGGAAGCCAGGUUUGGUGGCAAAGACUCGCCGAUGGCAGUUGAGAAAGGUGAUAUUAUUUUCGACGUUCGUAAAAGAGGAGACGGAUGGAUGUAUGGCAAAAAUUUGAACAGUGGAAAAACAGGAAAAUUUCCUGAGAGCUGUGCGGCAAAACUGACUGGAAAUAACAAAAAAGGGAGCGGUUCAGGAAGUCCUGAUACAGAUACUAAUAGCGAGGAAAAACCUGCUGCAAAAGAUGACAAGAAACCCGCGUGGCUUCAAAAUAGAACAACUACGCCUUCAGUUAGAAAAACACCGCUUUACCCGAAACCAUUUGCCGGAAGCAUGAAACAACCACAAGAGAAAGAGGAACGAAAGGAAACUUCGGGGGACUCAGGAGUUGUAGAAGAUUCUGUAGAUGGAAAUUAUUGUAACGAUGAUGAGAAGCCAGCGAAGCGAGACGUUUCGAAAACCGGAAAUCUAAUGAAAGAUGAUAAACAGGAGCCAAAGUUUGUUCCUAGAUCACUCCAGACACUUCAGAAACAGAAACCAGAGUCCAGUGCGACUGAAACAGAAAAAGAACCGCCUAAAGCGAUUGGAAGGCCUUUCAGAUUGAAUUUAAAUAAGAAUGGUGACAGUUUAAAGUCCACAGAAACGAAAGCGGCCCCACGAGUGGACACGAAAAAUCAACCGACAGCAGCUUCUGCGAAGGAUUCUCUGCGAUCUAAGCCCACGCCGAAUAAAGAUUACAACGAGGACGGAAACUACGAACCCAUAGAAAAAAGUAAGGAGACAAAACCCCAACUGAAAGAGACGGUCAAGAAUAGUAAACCGAAGGAAGAGACUAGACCAGCACAAAGCCAGCCGGUUAAAAUUAACCCGAUAGAAAACGCGAAGAAAUCUGGCGAGAAAAAUCAAUCAAACGUGACCAACAAACGCGCUGCUGGGGGCGCUGCAGUUAAUAUUCAAGAGAACCCACUGUCGAAGGACGAAGCGAGUAUUUAUCAAGUCCCCAACGUGGCUUUACCACCUAAACCUGCCCGAUCAAACGAUCAAGGCUGUGUAGAGUGUAACGAACCACAUAUCUACGAUACACCGAUGCAUUACAAAACACCACCAUCGUCGCCUUCAACGAAGAAGCGAGGGAAAGAUGAAACAACGGCCGAGAAACCGAAAGACAAAAAUAAGAAAUCAAAAGGUGGUUCAACAGCUCUGAAGCCAACAUCAUCCGUAAUCAGGAAGACCAAAGAGCAUAUGAAGAACAGAAUGGCUUCGUAUGAGAGCAUAGAUACAGAAGGCAAGCGCUCUACGGAGAACAUCAAGGAUGCAGGACUUGCAGCAAAGGAGACCAAAGAAAAACUACUUGCGCCAAAAAGGCGACCGAAGUUACGAAUUUUACUCGGCAUAUUUUUAGGAUUACUUCUGGGUGUGUUCAUAUUUUUGACAUUGUUUCUCCUGGCUCAUUUGCACGUUGUCACUAGCAUCGUUUCCGCUCUUAUAGUCGGUUUUGUUGUGGGAACAAUUUUCGGAUUUCUCGAUAAGAGGCGUCUUCAAUGCAUCGCCUUACUGGUUUUCCCAAGCUUAUUUGCAUGUGGAGGGAAAAUUUCUGUCUGGUUGCUGAUCACAUUUUUUGUCCUUUCUGGUCCAAUGUGCAAUUUUAUUGAGAAUGUACGCCUGGUCACCCUUCAUAGAGCUUGCCUAAUGGACACUGGACAGUUAGCAAACAAUAGCAGUGGUAACCCAACCAGACUUGUUCUAGUUGAUAAAAAUAAUCCUGCUGUUGUACAACGUUUGGUAAUGUACGAAAACAUUUCACACGAACUGCAAAAAUACAUGAAUUAUUCCCUGUUGUCAUCAGCUGAUGCUGCAGAUAACAAUUCAUCUGAACUAAUUUGCAUAAGUACUCUGAGGCGCACAUUCAACAUCUGCUCCUCUGAGAUCGAUAACAUGUACAGCCAAUGUACGAAACUAAACAAACCACCAAACUGUGAAUUUCUUACGCCUAGGAACGCUUGUGAUCACCUCACAGACAACCGGAUUAAAGAAACGUGCAAAGACAUCAGCAGCGCGAGUUAUCACAAGUUAUCGCAAAUUGAUAAAAUAAUUGGACGUUUCCCUGGGCGGAUGGCAACAGAAGAUAUUAUCACGGACAAAAAUAACACUAUUAUCGCAGCAGGGGAGCCUUGUGACUUUGUCCAUAUCAUAACUCUCUUGUUGCCUUUAUUGGUUUUACUUGUAUUGUACGAAGCAUACAGUUAUCACAAGUGGUAUCUUUCUUGCAAUGAGUUCGACAAUCACUACCUCACGCUUCGCUUCAAGUCAAUCGAGGACAUGCGCAAGUCGAGCGGAGCCGUUGACUUACUGGUUCCUCUGAAAAAAGCCGAGCUACAGAGAUUCGUUCAACCAACUGGCUGCCAACUGGCUAAGAGCGAGAAAGGAAGCAUGCUGAAAUACUUGCUGUUUUACUUCGUUUAUUUAAUUUUUGCUCUUAUGAUCAUUCUAUUAGAUCAUUACUUUUAUCUUGUUAUCACUCGAGAGGAACCGCUGUCCAAUAUUCCCAGUAGGUGCGCUGGGAAACUCAAGAGGCUGAACGAGUCUUACGUCAUCAUCUUGUCAACUCUUCUAGGAGUUCUGCUCUUGAUAAUCCUUCUCCAAGCAUUUAUCCUUCGGCUUCGCCGUUUGAUUGCGUCGCGUUUUUACCCCAGACGGGAGAGAAAACGCAUUGCUUACCUGUACUACAAACUGCUUGAAGAACGCAAGAUGUUUUACAAAUCUGUCAUUGAAAAGAUGAACAACUUCUCUGAAGAAAAUGAAACACUCAACAGGUUGGACGCAGUACUGGUUCUGUGUAAUAAUUUCAGCUGGAUUAAAACUUUGUUCGAGUUUGUUGGAGUCAGUAUUCAAAGAUGUUCUGUAUGUGGCACUGGACUUAACAGGAAGUACCUGCACUGUGACACCGAGGACUGUGGCGUCUAUUACUGCCGAACGUGCUUCUGGGACCUGGAAAAUAAGUGUCUCGGCUGCAUGAGCAACAGCAAGAUGACGUCACGAUCAUCGAGCAUGAGUGGUCAGUCACAGAGAAGAAAGAACGAUUAUGUUAAACCUGUUUGAAGAUACUUCUUCUCGAUAGCUUAAAAUAAACUCUCGAUACCGCGUUGAAAAAACAGGUUUUAACGAGUAGUUAGACAUAUGAAUGUGCUUGAACUUUAUAUGCGCAUUUUGAAAAUAUUUAAUUUGAACAUAUGACAUUUCAACGCGGUUUGUUUUUAUUGCUCUAUUUAAACGUAAAUCGGUCCAAGUGUCACACUCUUCGCUUUUCAACACCAGAAAUUAUAUUAAUUUGCCAGGACUAAGGAUUUCUAAGUAUAUUUACAAUUAGGACCAAGGCAAAACAGUAGUUUUCGAGGAGAAACACAACGUCAGUGUAAAAUACUUUAAAGUUGCGUGAUACUGGAGCAGAAAAGAAAGACUCUAAGAAAUGGUAAAUUAAAAAUGGGAGAGUAGCUCUGUAUCGCGUACAUCAAUUCUGUGUUUCCGUGGUCUUACGCACAGGAGACUUAAAUUACGCUUAUCACCAGCAUGAGGGAGCAAUGGCAUUGGUAACGCAUUCUUCGGUAUGAUGACGCUUUUUGUGAUAAACUUUCCUUUCACGCUUGGACAAAUGAAUAUUUUAGCGGUUUCUUUGGUUCAAGAGACCUUUUGAAAAACGUUACAUUUCAAAAAUAAGAAUGGAAAUUAUGAGAGCACUUUUUCUGACCACUAUCGUAAAUGGCAUGACUUAAGAGAAGUCAGGUUCUAGCGAGACACGUGGAAAAUAGAAAAAUAGCUUUUAUUUCAUUAAAAAUAACAAAAAGUUA